AUGUCGAAACAGGCUGCAAGGAAUCAGGUUGUGAGGCUGCUCAUAGCUGCAGGAAAGGCAGCACCCACACCACCUGUUGGACCAGCCCUUGGUGCCCGAGGAGUCAAAUCCAUGGAUUUCUGCAAGGAGUUCAACGCUAGGACAGCACAGAUCGAACCAGGAGUACCAACUCCCACCUUAAUUACAGUCCGCCCGGAUCGUUCAUUCACUUUCAUCACGAAAUCGCCUCCAACAAGUUACUUCCUCAAAAAAACCGCCGGCAUCGAGAAAGGAGCGGGCAAACCAGGACACGAGAUUCUUGGGACCGUCAGUCUCAAACACGUUUAUGAGAUCGCAACAAUUAAGGCCAAGGAUGACCACAUGAGUCAUCUCUCGCUCGAGAAUAUUGCAAGGAUGGUUGUUGGAAGUGCUAGGUCACUUGGGCUGCAGGUCGUUCCGUGA